AGCUCCAUCUCCAUUGAGCUCCCACGGGCCAACGACGCGGUCUGCAGCAUCAGAACAAACGUGACUGGAGUAACUCAUCUAAUCUCAAGCAACAAAACACUACUCCCCCAUACCAUUUCACUUUCUUUUAUUGAAGAAAACUGUGGAUCUUGACGCAAAUUCGGUAUUUGCUUUCGGCAGCCCGUCCAUCUUUGCUGCAGAGAAUAAAAACAAAUUGAAAAUGUUCGAGGCUGAGCCGGCGCCGGGCGACUGCCCAACCGCCAUGAAGUUUGCGCCUGGCUCUCGCAAACUAUUGGUAUCAUCUAUGGACGGCAACAUUUACAUGUAUGAGCUGCAGGGCGAAGGGGAGGAUGCCAGUGCGCCGCUCGUACGACAAAUAUCAAUUGGCUGCCCGGUCUUGGAUGUCACGUUUGGAAGCGACGACAAGGAAGGGUUCUGCACGGGGGCGGAUUCCGCCAUCAAGAGGGUUGACCUCGAGUCGGGGGAUGUUACAGUUGUUGGAAAGCAUGAGAAGCCAGCGAGGUGUAUAAUAUACAGCCCCGAGUAUUCAAUACUGGCCUCCGGCUCCUGGGACUGCACGCUGCAAAUAUGGAAUGCAAAGGACUUGUCCAAAGACCCCAUCAUCGUGCAACUGCCAGUCAAGGUGCACGCCAUGGCUGCAAGUAAAACAAAGCUUGUCGUUGGCAUGCACAACCGCAUGGUGCAAAUUUUCGACCUCCCCGCCAUAGCCCAGCUUCUCGAGUCCGGAGCAAGCGGCAGCGAGAGCGGCCUGAAGCCGUGGCAGCAGCGCGAGUCGUCCCUCAAGUUUAUGACGAGAGCCAUUGCAUGUAUGCCCAAUGAUGCCGGCUACGCGACCAGCAGUACGGAGGGCCGCGUUGCCGUCGAGUUCUUCGAGGAUUCGGCAGAGGUCCAGGCUCGCAAGUACGCCUUCAAAUGCCACCGUGGGCCUGAUCCCAAGGACCCCGACACCGAGCUCAUUUACCCGGUAGAUUCGCUGGCUUUCCACCCAGAGUACCUGACCUUUGUCUCGGGUGGCGGUGAUGGUCAGGUGGCGUUAUGGGAUUCCGAGGCCAAGAGACGUAUGAAGAUUUACCCGAUGAACGGAGGGUUGGCAGCGCGCACGCUAGCCUUCUCGGCCGACGGAAGGUUUUUGGCCAUCGGCACAUGCCCAGGCUUCGAGGAUACCAUGGAGAACUACAGUGGCAAGGGACAAUCACAUGUUCUGAUCCGCGAGCUCAGUGAGAAGGAGGUCAAGCCCAAGCCGAAGAAGUCAAAAUGAGCCUUUACAGGUGGGCUCUAUCGGGAGGCCGAGGACUCUAAAAGCUUGCAAUCUGUUUGAUGUACACAUAGCGGAGAAAGGCUACUUAUUGGGAUGCUGUGAAUAAUACCCCUGAGUCGAGCUGGUCUCUUGUGUGCCGGUCUGGUGGAGCGCGACAUAUCCUGGAGAGGCCGUGACCGUGACCUUGUGCCGGGCAUCCAAAAUUCCGGGCUCUGUUCAUCUCAAGCUUGAUCAACAUGCUUCCCUUGAGUUAGAAAUCAAACCGACAGGCGCUACUCUACGGCGCAUCUCAGGAAGACAUAUUCGUUGUUUGCAGUAGCUCCAGUUUGUUUGCGAGCAGAGCACGUUUCAUGGUGACAAACCGAUGGGCUAUGUCAUGCACAAUGUCUUGGUGGCAUUACGACGAUCGCCACUACGGACCGACUCUACGUUGCAGCCUAGACUGUGCACCGCAGCGGAAACCCGUAUACCCCAAACUUGAUGAUCAUCCCCAAUCAACCCGCAUACCGGCAAGACCGGUAGAGAGUGCCCGUGGAAGAUGCCCAGCCCAGUGUCAACAGAUCUAUAUGGAAUGUGGGGGUGGAUCACUUUGACAAGAAUACCCCAGUUCGCCGAGCCUCAUGCCAGCCCGGAAAGAGGGGGUUUCUUAACCGCAAAUUCCCUUCCCCUCAUUCCACUUGCACGGUUCGGCAGAUGUAAACCCAUAUUUUUUUUCCCCCACAGGGGAGACAUUCAAGCUGUUCAGGGUCUCGGUUCGGCUUGGCCAAAUCUCUUACACUACUGUAAGUGGUAAUCAAGCUGGACUGAUUUGCGGUCGAUCCCGAGUUCAUUUGCCAUCGUUGCUUGGUCCGUCUGUUCAACCACGUUUGUUUGACUAGGAACACCAUUGUACACUGAAACGCCCAUCAUCCUCGCUAGCCUGGAGGUGACCAAUUCCUGCUAGCUGCCAUGUUGAAUCCUACCCUGUUGGUACUUUACAAUGCGGCCUGGUUUAGGUCAAUAUGGCGCAUCUUCACUUGUACUAGUCGGGCACUUGGCAGCAGCUUGCGGGAGGGGAGGGGAACGGAUCAUGUCAUGCUCAAGAAUUGCAGUUUCACAUUAAAGCUAAUCUUCUCUAAGCAUAUGGUUACAGCUAUGAGAAGGGAACAACAGGAAUAAUAAGUGAGCUUGGGUGUUCAGCGCCAAGAUAUACUCGGUGCUCUCCCCUGUUGAGCUCAUGCUCCGGGCGAGGACCAGAAAAUGAGUUGUAUUCGGCGAUGCUGGGGUACUGCCCACCGAUCUGUGGUCGAAUGAGUUUUAGUUUGAGAUUCAAAACAAAACAUAUGAACAAGGCCUGGAUUCGCUAGAAAAUUCGGGAAAUAACUUACCCUCACGCUGACCUGCUCGCCGGCGUCAAAGUCGGUACCCAUGGCCCAGAUGCCAAUCUCGAGCUUGACGACGUUGCCAGGGGUGAUCUUCUCCUGCUUCUCGUGCGGGUGGAAGGGGAACUGCGGAUGUAUGCUCUUGGAGCUGUCGAUGGCGCGUUGUGACGCCCUGAGGAUGCCCAUGGGGCCAAGGUGCAGGUUCAAACUGGCCAUGUCCUUUUCGGGAAUGUCCUCUAUCCGCUCCACGGGCGUGGCCUUGAAGGGCAUGUUGAGGUGCAUGAGCGGCUUUCCAUCCUUGUCCUUUUUUCGGAUGAUGGCAAAGACGGUAAAGUCGUCACGGGUGUCGCAAGAGACGUAAACAACGGCCUUGGGCAGACCGAUCAGGCGAGACUUCUCGGGAAAGACGUAGCUGAACUCUGCAAAGCUCUUGUGGUCCUCUGAGUUGUAGGAGACACUGGCAGCCGAGGGUGUGGUGGUCGUCGCCAGACCGCCGU